AGUCAUACUACUGUCUACAAUCUAAGUUUUAUCGAAAUUCGUAUGAUACUAAUAAACUUUGUAGCAUUUUAAUUUAGUUAUUGGUUUUAUUUUUCAAUAAUUCACAUAGUAUAACUUGAAUCAUGAUUUCUCGCUUUUCUCAAAGGCUUGUACAUAUCGCCAAUACAGUCGAAAAAAAUAUUCUAACCUUAUUUAGACAUCCACCCAAAGAAUUUAGUGUGGCGUGUGUUGAUGAAAAUCCAUUCAUUCAUCCCAAACAAAGAUUUUCUAUAAAAGAUAUUAUUGGUGAUGGCUUACUUCUUGCUGUGCCAAAAUUCAGAAGAACAGUGGAAAAGCGAUGGAAGCGGAAAUUUGGGUCACCUGAAUAUGUAUGGAAAUUGCUAGUUCCGAAGACAAAUAUCAAAGUGUGCCAUGAAUGUGGGCACUAUCAUGAGCGAGGACGACUAUGUGGAAAUUGCUACAAAAAAAUAGAAGCAGAAACUAAAGAAAUUCAGGAUAAAAUUGUGCAAAAACUAGCCAACAAACCAAUUGAAAAUGAUGUCAUUGUGUUGUAUGAGGGUGAAAACUUACCCGAACAGCCAAAAGAAAUGUGGCAAGGAAAAAGGAUCAUUGAAAUGAAGAAAGAACGGCCCCAAUUCUUUUGUAAGAAUCUUUUGCAGAAAACAACUCAGCAACCCUCAAAUUCUACAGAUGUUAAACCAACCGAUUUAGCCUAAUUUUACACAUCAUAUUAUUUAACUCAUUUGUAUAUUAGUUUUAGUAUAAUAAUUGUAAUGUAAGUAAUAAACAAAUUUAAAUAAA